AUGAUCUUUAGAAUAAAAAAUUUACAUAAUUUAAAAAUAUAUAAGUAUAAAACCAAAAAUUAUUAUCUGAAAAUUUUAAGUUUAAUUAUUUUCUUAGUUAUUGUAAAAAUCAAAAAAGAAAAGAAUAUCUUCAAAGUUAAUAUAUUCAGGAUAAAAAGAUGGAUUAAAUAAUUUUCCCUUUUGGAAUUGUAGUAAAGGAAAGGGUAAUUUACUUGUGAUAUUUAAAUCUUUAAGUGGAAAUAUUCUUGUUAGUUAUCGCCAUGUGUAUGGUAGCAUCAUCCUCGUAAUUAUGUUUAGGAUGAUUAAUUAUCAUCAUUUUUAUUCUCUUAAACACAUAAUUAAAUCUAUCCUUUGAAAAAAAUGAAAAUAAUAUGCAAUUCUGUGUAAUUCUAGUUUUGGAACUAAGUUUGGAUAAGCUCAUGA